CUUGAGGGCGAUCUUGUUGUUGAACUGAUAUUGCUUCAAUAGUGGUUUCAUACAGCAUUUUUACAUCCCAUAAUGAUAAUCGCAGAAAUGAAUUUGAUAAUAAAGAGCUAUGUCAAAUGCUGCGUGAUGGCUGAAUGAUUUAUACUCGAAUAUCAAUGGAUCGGACGAAUUGAUAAGAAAGAAUUUAGUGGCCAAUCUAUAAAAGCCACUCUCUUUAUACUGUCUUAAUUUAGAACAUGUUUCUUUAUAGUCUUAUUAUUAGAUUCAGACAUUUUUAUUCCUUUGCGAUUUCAAGAUGAAGGCGAACAUUUCAAACUGUUUAUGUGGCUUGAAUAUUGCUUCAAAGCUCUUGCGAUCCCAAAUGAAAUUUUCAAACAAAUGGAAUGGGAGUGUACGCACUGGAGUGUUGAAUAUGGCCAUAUUGUCCUCAUCAGCCAAGGAAAUAUCUCCGCAAACAGUGAAAAGUAUCGAGAAUUAUUUCAAGCAAAAGGAUAUAAAAUUUCAACAUGGUCAUACAACAAUCAUGGCAAAGUGUCCAUUUUGUGCUAACAAAUCCAGUAAUGUUUCCAAGAUGUCAGCGCAUCCGGAUCAGGGAGCAUUCAGUUUGUUUGUGAACAAAAUGACUGGAAGUCACAUUUGCAACAGUUGUGGCACCUCAGGAACCUGGCAACAACUAAAGACUUGGGUGUCUGAAGAGAAUAUUACAAGCAAACCAAGUGAGUUAACUUCAAGCAAUGAUGAAGGAGAACAAGAGAAAGUUUUAAAUCUUUGGGAAAAGACAAAACCUUUUGGUGAAUGUAAAGAAUCAUUGAGAAGAUACAUUGUAAAAAAGGUUGAAAUUCAGCCUUUGUCUUCUGCAACCUUGAAGUUCUACAGAGUGCAUACAAUUCUACACAAGUUUUCAGCUCCUGAUGGGUCACAGAAACAACAGCUAUGCCUUGCAUUUCCUUGGUACAACUUCGAACGAGAAAAAUUAUGUGGAAUUAAACUCCACAAAGCGAAGAUGAAACUACAGGAAGAAGGUGUUGGAGCCCUGGAACCAAGACAUGGUCUUCCAAGUAUGUUUGGUUGGCAUACGGUGCCUUCGCAUGUCAAAGAGAUUGUUCUCACGGCGGACGAGUUCGACGCAAUGGCUAUUUAUCAAGCUACGUCGUUUCCAGCCAUUUCACUUCCUUUGGGACUCUCGUCUCUCCCGCCGGAGGUUCUGCCUCAUCUUGAACAGUUUGAGAAAAUCAUUUUGUGGUUCCGCAAUGACGUCAGAUCUCGGCAAGCAGCCAAUAAAUUCGCAAGAAAACUCAAUAUUCAAAGAUGUCAUUUCGUCAGAAUGGAAACCAGUGGGCCAGCAAGUGCUUUAGAUGCUCUAAGAAGAGGUUGUGACCUCAAAUCGAUGCUUUCGGGUGCUCAGGCUGCAAGUCAUAAACAAAUAGUCACGUUUCAGCAGCUUCGUGACGAAGUAUAUAAUGAAUUGUGUAAUGUUGAUCAGGUCGCAGGAAUCAAGUGGACUAGAUUUCAGAAGUUGUCUGAGAUAUUGAAAGGUCAUCGUCGUGGUGAACUGACCGUGUUCACUGGGGGAACUGGUACUGGAAAAACUACCUUAUUGAGUGAAUUAUCCGUGGAUCUUUGCGCCCAGGGGGUCAACACAUUGUGGGGCAGUUUUGAAGUUCGUAACGUAAGAUUGGCAAAAACAAUGCUCAAUCAAUUUUCCGGUUUGAAUCUGGAAAAGAAUCUUCCUCAAUACAACUAUUGGGCUGAGAAGUUCGAGAUGUUACCCAUGUAUUUCAUGAGCUUUUAUGGCGCACAAAAUUUACAAGAUGUAUUGGAGACAAUGUCCCACGCGGCGUAUGUUUAUGACAUUGAGCAUGUUAUUGUCGAUAAUCUUCAAUUCAUGAUCUCGAACUCAUACAGUCCUGAUCGUUUUCAUGCCCAAAAUGUAGCGAUUGGUGAAUUUCGAAAGUUUGCAACAUCGAAGAAUGUCCAUGUGACUAUCGUAAUCCACCCACGUAAGGAAAGUGAUGACGCUGAGCUGCAAACAGCAUCUAUAUUUGGUUCAGCUAAAGCAAGCCAGGAAGCAGAUAAUGUUAUUAUUUUACAGGACAAGAAAGGAAAGAAUGCAGGCAAAUAUUUGCAGGUUACUAAGAACCGUUUUGAUGGUACACUUGGUAAAGUUUACCUGGAUUUUAAUCGUGACUCACUCAGUAUGUCUUCUUACCAAACAACUUCAGCAAGUGCAUCUUCAAAGAAAGAAAACAAGUUGGUACGAACUGUGAAACCACCUAAAACGGGUUUUGGCCCAAAACGAAUCACUAAAUCUGAGCCUGCAAGUGAAGAAAGGAUUGCAACUGAUGACCGUGCAACUAAAUUAGGAAAUCGAGAAAAAGCAAAUUUAAAAGGUAAAAAUAUAGGCAAUGAAUCGUCAACUGUGGAGGCGAGCUCUAUCUUGUCCGACAAUAUGAAUAAGGUACAUUCAAUUAAAGCACCUGGCCUUUCAGCGAAUUUGAAUAUAAAUAGUGAACCAGAGGCGAAACCUAGAAGUCAGAAUUACAAAGAUAAGAACAUGUCCAAUACUCCUCCAUCAGCUGUGGCUUCAAGCAGACCAUCAGCGGGAAGCUAUGAUAUGAAGGAGUCUAAUACUUCAUUUAAACCGUCCACUCAAGCAGUAAAGUUAAAGAAAGAUGAUCAGUCCAAAGGAACUGCCUUAAGUACCAAAGCGACGCGUUUCAUUGUACAAACGAACAAAAAGUCUUUAUCGAUGGGAAAGAAGAUCUCAGUUAAACAGCUGGAUGUGAAUAAAGUGUACUUACAAUAAGCAAAUACACCCUUGAAAAUGCUUGCUUUUUAUCGAAAGAGUUUGAGAAACAUAUAAAUUUGGGUUACUAUAUGUAUCAUAGCAGAACAGACUUUGACAAGUUGUUGCAACUUUACAACCAGAUGAUCUCGCUCUCAUAUUUAAGCCAAUCGUGCAGCGCUUAAAAUAUCCUGUCCUGUCGGAAUACUCUUUAUAAAUUAUGAAAUAACAUAUAAAUAACGCUUGUUCUGGAUCAGCCCAUCCAUGCAAACACGGAAACCUUUAAGUGAUUAUGUUUAUUACCAUUUUAGUUCACUAUAUUUCUAAAUGAAUGCAAAUAUUGAGUUUAUUUUCAAAGAAAUUCAAAACAUGCGAAAAUUUCUCAUUGGAGUCCCCCAAUGUUUUGAGCAGAGCCGAUACGCGCUCUAAGCUCUCCUUUAUCGAUGGUAUGAAUUUUUUUUAUUCUGUAUGAAACUAUUCCAAUUUUAUAAGUAGCAUUUAUGCAUUUCCAUUUUGUAAAUCACUCAUUCAAAGGCAUGCAUAACUUUGUAAAGCAUGAAAAGAAGCAUGCUUACAUACUAGUAUUAGAGCAGGAACUCCAAAGUUCUCACGUAUUUUACGGCAUGCAAAAUCUUUGAUCUUGGGGUAAUGACGUUAAUGUCGGCGGAAACGACGCUACUGAUCGAUAUUUUUCUGUUUUGGGGCCAAUACAUUGACAUCCGAUACAAAAAUAUAAAUUUUUAUCGCAAUAGAAGCUAUGAUAAUAGAAGCCAUUCCUGGAAGCUAUUCUCGAACCAUCGAACAAAAAUUUAUUGAGUUAACUACGAUUAUAAUACGCUAACUAAGCAAAAUAUAUACUGCAGUUGAGAAUUUUGUUUAGCACUUAGCACUUAACCCUCAAGCGGUUAAGUCGGUUCUCCAAUAGGCGGAAUUCUUCGACCGAACGAAAUUUUCCGCUCGAUUUUCUUUUCAAUUGUCAGAAUUCGACCGUAGCGGAUUCCCG